AUGUCGCAAGAAUCCCACAAAAAUGCCGCUGACCAACGUCCUUUAGACAGUGGAAAGUUGGAAGAGCUCCAGAACAAAUAUGGUUGGAAAGCAUCGUUCAAAACGUGGCGGAAGGGAUCCGAUGGCGUCAACAAUGAAAGAAAGUUAUUAUCCACACUAGACUUCUUUCCAGAUGGUGAUGAGUUUCGCAAAUGCUCGAUUUUGGAUGUGGAUAUUGGCAAUAAACAGCACAUUCACGAAUUUCAGGUAGAGAACACCCGAGAGACGUCCAGGACGCACUGCAAGGACAUGGUUAUCAUGCAUGGAUAUGGCGCGGCGCUAGGCUUGUUCGUACGGAAUUUUGACGGUUUGAGUCGCAUACCAGGGCUCAAUCUACAUGCUAUUGAUAUGUUGGGCUAUGGUCUGUCGUCGAGGCCCAAGUUCCCCGGAACUGGACUCUUUUCAAGCUUCAUCAAACGAGGCGACAUCAGCGCCAGUGAAGUCAUGGAGGCGGAGGACUUUUUUGUAGACUCUUUAGAGCGGUGGAGGGAGAAGAAAGCUCUUGAUCGAUUCGUGCUAGUGGGCCACUCACUAGGGGGGUACUUGAGCUGUUGCUACGCGCUCAAGUAUCCCCACAGGGUGGAGAAGCUAGUGUUGGUAAGCCCUGUAGGUGUAGAGACCUCUAUUUUCGACCUCACCCGCAAGCAUACUUCGAACCACGUCCACGCAGGCGAACUGGGUCCCGAUGUGGCAAAAGAAAUGUCCGCCGACAAGAGUAACCCAACCACAGACAAACCCGUCAAGACAUCAAGCUCCUUUCAUGUGCCCGAUGAGAGCGGGAACGUAGAACGUGUGCCUAACCUACCCCGGAUAUUUUCGUUCAUGUGGUCGUGCAACAUUUCGCCCUUCGGCAUCCUGCGAUCUGCGGGACCAGCCGGGCCUCUAUUGUCUUCGCGUUGGUCGUUCCGGAGGUUUGCCUUUCUCAGCGACCCAGAACAGCUGAUAACCUUUCACAACUACGUCUACAGCGUUUUCAACGCUGCUGGCAGUGGAGAAUAUGCUCUAACUCGCAUCCUAGCCCCCGGCGUCCUCGCCAGACUGCCUUUAUUGAGCAGAGUUCCCGAGAAUUUGAAGUGCGAUUCGUUUUGGAUGUACGGGAGCAAUGAUUGGAUGAGUAAAGAAGCCGGCCAGGUGAUUGUUCGUGAGAUCAACAACAAGUCGCCUGAUUUCAAAGCCGAUUAUUCCGUCGUGUCCGAUGCAGGACAUCACUUAUAUCUCGACAACCCUUCUGAAUUCAACCGCAAGUUGAUAAAUUUCCUAAAAUUGGAAAAUUGA